CCCCCCGGACAACGCCCACUCCAACACUAAACCAUCGGAGAUGGUAAAAUAUAAAAUGUUGCAAUCGAGCAGAGGGUAUCGAAACUCAAAAGCUCUUGCUCUCCCUCCAUUUGUCCCCAUCAGUUUUUUUCACUCCUUAGGGUUUUUUGCAAAUUCUACAUCUCCAAUCCAUCCAUAAUCCACAUAGCUGGGGCAUGCUUCUGUUUAUCUAUAUCAAUUGAGAAAAGAUAGAGAAAGAUAUGCCGUUGUUCAUAUCCGAUGACGAAUUUCAGCGGUACUCGCACGACGCAUCGCUGGUGGCGGAGAAGGCGGAUUUAUUCAUACGAGGACUAUACAAUCAACUCGAGACCGUGAGGGCUGAGGCGGACGCCGCCUCCAUCACCGCCGAGCAGACGUGCUCUCUUCUCGAACAGAAAUACGUUUCUCUCACUGCGGAAUUCUCCGCCCUACAAUCACAGCACUCGCAACUUAGCUCCUCUGUUGAUCAACGCGCCUCGGAGCUUCAACUACUACAAUCUGAAAAGAAACAACUUGUUCUUCAAUCCAUCGAGAAAGCUGGGGAGGUUGAGAAGUUGACUACGGAAGCCACGGAGCUUCACAAAUCAAAGAGGCAAUUGAUGGAAAUCCUUGAGGCAAAGGAUUUAGAGAUCAGUGAGAAAAAUGCUACUAUAAAGAGCUAUUUGGAUAAGAUUGUCAAUUUGACUGAAAGUGGUGCGACAAAGGAAGCACGUCUGGGUGAUUUGGGGUCUGAAUUGACACGCUCCCAAGCUUCAUCUGCCCGUCUUUUGCAGGAGAAAGAGCUUCUUGAGCGGCAUAAUUUGUGGCUUAAUGAAGAGUUAACAUCUAAGGUUGAUAGUCUUAUUGAACUGCGUAAAACACAUGGUGAACUUGAGGCUGAUAUGUCUGCUAAGCUUGCAGAUGUUGAGAAAAAAUUUAAUGUGACUUGUAGUUCCUUAAAGUUGAACAAGGAAAGGGUGGAGGAGUUGGAAUCGAAGGUUGCAUCAUUAGAGAAAGAGUUACUGUCAUCUAAGGAUGCAGCAGGAGCUUCAGAGGAGCACUUUACUGCUGAAAUUUCAACAGUAACCAAGCUUGUGGAACUAUAUAAGGAGAGUUCUGGGGAAUGGUCCAAAAAGGCAGGCGAGCUUGAGGGAGUAAUCAAGGCUUUAGAAACUCAUCUAAAUCAAGUUGAAAAUGAUUACAAAGAGAAGCUUGAAAAGGAAGUUUCAGCAAGGAAGGAAGCAGAAAAGGAGGCUGCCAAUCUGAAAGAGAAGCUCGGGACAUGUGAUGCGGAUUUGGAGAGUUGUAGGAAAGAAAGCGAGCUUAAACAUCUUCCUUUGAGUAGAUUUACGACUGAUUCAUGGCCACGCUUAGUUGAAUGUGAUUAUGUGGUGGAGAAUGAUCACAUGAUUGUACCUAGGAUUCCGGCUGGCAUUUCUGGAACAGCAUUGGCAGCUUCGCUUCUCAGGGAUGGUUGGAAUCUGGCCAAACUGUAUGCCAAAUACCAAGAAGCUGUUGAUGCUCUGCAACACGAGCAACUGGGGAGAAAGCAAACCCAAGCUGUCUUGGAACGGGUACUUUAUGAAAUAGAAGAGAAAGCUGGACUCAUCAUGGAUGAACGAGCUGAACAUGAGAGAUUGGUUGAAGCUUACUCUGUACUUGACGAAAAACUGCAGCAUUCACUUUCUGAGCAAUCGGCUUUAGAGACAACUAUACGGGAACUAAAGGCUGGCUUAAAGAGGCAAGAACGUGACUGUGUAAUAGCUCAGAAAGAGACUGUUGACCUCCAGAAGCAGGUGGCUGCUCUUUUAAAGGAGUGUCGUGAUGUUCAGUUGCGCCUUGGAUCUGCUAGUCAUGAUGAUGGUGACUUUGCAAUUACCAGUCCUGAAGUUUUGUUAAAUGCUGAAUCUGAUGCUGAAAAUAUUAUAUCUGAACGUCUGUUGACCUUUAAAGAUAUAAAUGGAUUAGUUGAACAGAAUGUCCAGCUCCGAAGUCUUGUUCGUGGCCUUUCUGACCAGAUUGAGGAGAAAGAAAUGGGGUUGAAGGAGAAGUAUGAAAAGGAGUUUCAGAAACAUAAUGAGGAAACUGCCUCUAAAGUUAAUUCAGUAUUAAUGAGAGCUGAAGAGCAGGGACGCAUGAUUGAAUCCCUUCAUUCCUUUGUGGCGAUGUACAAAAAGUUAUAUGAAGAGGAACAGAAACGUCACCAACCGCAGGAAGCAGCCACAGAAUGGGGAAGCAAAGAGGCCAUACUCUUAAGUGAAAGAGUUCAUGAAACAUCAAAGGUGAAAGAACAUGCUUUUGAGCGUGUUAGAAGUCUUGAAGAAGAUGUUGCAAAACUGAGGAGUGAGAUCAUUUCUUUGCGAUCCGAAUGUGACAAGUUAGGACUGGAAGCACAAUUUGCACAAGAAAAACUGGCCAGAUUUAUGAGAGACUUUGAGCAUCAGAGAGAUGAACAUAAUGGAGUCAUAGAAAGAAACAUUGAAUUUUCACAGCUGAUAAUCGACUACCAGCGAAAGCUGCGUGAAAGUUCCGAGUCCUUGAAUACUGCCGAGGAGCUAUCACGCAAGUUAACAAUGGAGGUCGCUAUCCUGAAGAAUGAAAAGGAAAUACUGCUCAACUCUGAGAAGAGAGCUCUUGAUGAAGUUCGCUGUUUGUCGGAGAGAGUUUAUCGUUUGCAGGCAAGUUUGGACACCACGCAUGGUACUCAGGAAGUGCAAGAGGAGGCCAGAAGCAUUGAAAGGAAAAAGCAGGAGGACUAUGUUAAAAAAAUUGAGAGAGAAUGGGCUGAGGCUAAAAAGGAGCUUCAGGAAGAACGUGAUAUUGUUCGGAAUCUUACACUUGAGCGUGAAACUUCCAUGAUGAAUGCCUUGAAACAAGUUGAAAGUCAGGGUAAAGAAUUAGCUGAUGCCUUGCAUUCUGUGGCCGCUGCUGAAGCUAGGGCCGCCAUUGCAGAGGCCCGUUGUGCUGAUUUGGAGAAGAUUGUUAAAUCUGCACAAAUGAAGGAUUCUGAAGAUGCUGAAGCUGGUCCUUCCUCCUUUAGUGACAAGACUUUGCCGGAUGUCCGGGAAGGAAUUGAAACACUGAGACAAGAGGUGCAGACCAGCAAAGAUCACAUGGUUCAGUAUAAAAGCAUAGCUGAGGUAAAUGAAUCAGCACUUAAACAUAUGGAAUCUGCCUACGAGAAUUUAGGAAUUGAGGCUGAUAAAGUUAGAAAAUCACUUGAAGCAGAAGUCCAAUCUCUUAGAGAGCGGAUUAAUGAACUUGAAAGGGAAUGUAAUCUGAAGACUGAGGAAGCAGCUACUGCAAAUGCUGGGAAAGAAGAAGCUCUUGUGGUUGCUUUAUCUGAAACCGCUAGUCUGAAGGAGGAUUGCGCUAAUAAAAUGUCCCAAGUUGUGGUGAUGGAAGCUCAAAUCUCUGCCUUGAAAGAUGAUUUGGAGAAUGAGCAUCAAAGAUGGCGUUCUUCUCAAGCCAAUUAUGAAAGACAGGUUAUUCUACAGUCAGAAACAAUUCAGGAGCUGAUGAAAACAUCACAAGCCUUGGCUUCAGCACAAGAGGAAACAUCUGAGCUCCGUAAAGUGGCAGAUGCACUCAAAAAUGAAAAUAAUGAGAUGAAGGCCAAAUGGGAAGCUGAAAAGCAAUCUCUGGAAACAUCUAAAAAUGAAGUAGAUAAGAAAUAUGGUGAAUUUAAUGAACUGAACAAGAUGUUGCACAGUCGGAUUGAGGCCUUGCAAAUCAAAUUAGCUGAGAAGGACCGAGGAAUAGCUUCUGGGAGCACAUCUCAGACUUUGGGUAAUGAGGAUGGAUUGCAAGAUGUUGUAAGUUACCUGCGGCGGUCAAAGGCAAUUGCAGAAACAGAAAUUUCCCUUUUGAAACAGGAGAAGCUUCGACUGCAAUCACAGUUAGAGAGCGCUCUAAAGGCAGCAGAGUCAGCGCAAGCAUCUCUUAAUGCAGAGCGGGCAAUAUCUCGAGCAUCACUAUUCACUGAGGAAGACUUCAAAUCUCUUCAACUUCAGGUGAGAGAACUGACCUUGCUUCGAGAAAGUAAUGUGCAGCUCCGGGAAGAAAACCGCCAUAAUUUCGAAGAAUGCCAGAAACUUCGUGAAGAAGCCCAAAAUGUCAGGACUGAAAUUGUGAAUCUGGAGAGACUUCUUAACGAUAGGGACAAAGAGGCGGAAGCUUUCAAGAAAGAAGUUGAAAUGCAGAAGAUCGAGAAAGAACAUCUUGAGAAGAGAAUUGUUGAGUUGCUGGAGAAGUCCAAGGAUGUCGAUGAAUAUCGUCGCAUGAGGGAAUCUUUUGAGCAGAUGCAAGUGAAUAUGAGAGAGAAGGAUGUACGGUUGGAGGAAAUUAAGAAACUUGUAUCUGAGAAGCAGGAUGCGACAACCCAUUUAGAGCAAGACCUUGCUAGGAGCAAAACAGAAUUGAAUGAGAGAGAUGUCAGAAUCAAUGAAAUCUUGCAAACCGAGGCUUCUUUGAGAACAGAAGUUGAAAGAUUUAAGAGAUCAAAUGUUCAAUUGAGGAGGAAGUUGGACAACUUGUCAAAGGAAAAGGAGGAACUGAGCAACGAGAUUCAAGUACUUUCCAAACAAUUGGAAGAUGCCAAACAAGUGAAGAGGAACUUAGGGGAUGCUGCAGGUGAACUGGCAAUGAAGGAAAAAGAGAGGGAGAAAGACACAAGAAUACAGAUUCUUGAGAAAACACUGGAGAGGCAAAGAGAGGAUUUGAAGAAGGAGAAAGAGGAUCGUAAUAAAGAUAAGGAAAAAUUUCAGAAGAAUCGAAAGAUAAUCCUUGACUCUUAUGAAAGUGUCAGUCAGCAGAGGGCAAAGCUCGUAGAUGAGCUGGAGAAGCAUAAGCACGCACUGAAGACACUCCAUGAUGAAGUGGAGAAACUUAAGAAUGGCAGUCAAUCUGAGUCUACUCCAGUGGUUCAACCUUUUACUGGCACUCCGUUGGAGGAUUUUUCUGGUGCCUAUUUCCAGGCUGUAGAAAAUUUUGAGCGAGUUGCACUACCAGUUCGCAUUGAGCUUGAAGCUUCCACUUCUACUGAUCCUUCUUCUCUAGGUACUUCAUCUGCAGGAGCUACAAUUGUUCAAGCAGGCCCUGCAAUUACCCAAAAUAUUUUGCCGCCUCCACCUUCUGCUGCUGCUGCAAAUGUUCCUGCAACAAAAACAGUUGAAGAAAGGGAGAAACGAUUUACUGUCCCAAAGACAAAUGUUAAAACAGCGAGGAAACUGGUCCGUCCUAGUAUUAGAAAGCCUAGAGAACAAGGUGAUGUAGAGAUGUCAGAAGCUGGCGAGUCUAACAUUGGUGUCAAGCAGUCAUCUUCUCAAAAUAUAGAAACUCAAGGAAAUUUGAUCGUACCAACACCGUCACUUGUUCGCAAACGCCCAUCAUCUUCAGUUCCCUCUGAUUUGCAAGAAGAUGUACUGGCUCCAGAGGAAACUAGCUCUGACAUGACAGCACCUGACCCGAAAAAGUCUAAAGGUGCAGAGACCCAAAAAGAAGGUGAUGAAGAACACUCUACUGCUACUUUGAAAGCUCCCCAAGUUUCACCUCCCCCUGAAGAAAUGCCUGAGAAUGUUGAAAAUGUUCAUCAAGAUGUCGAGGAACCUGUAGAUGCUGAAAGGGAUGAGUUAGCAACUGCAGGGGAGGAAUUUGAAGAGCCAACAACAGAUGGAAAGAAUCAGGCUGAAUUACAGAGUGACGCUAGUGAUGUAGCAGAAGAGAAUUUGGAUAAACCAAGAGAAGCUGUAUUGUCAGAUGAACAAUUGAGAUAUCCGACUGAACAAGACGUCCAGCAUAUAGGAACAGAAUCUGAGAACAGGGAAGAGGGAGAGUUGGUCGCAGAUGAUGUGGACACUGAGGGAAAUGCUAUCAUAUCUAAUGCAAUGGAGGGAUCAGGAAUUGGGGAUUUACAACCGGAGCAUGCAACAUUCGACAAUUCUCCAGCGGCUGACGAACCCUUGGAAGUUGGGGAGAUUGAUCCCUCCCAAGUUUUGGACGAAGAAAAGAAUGAUGGCGGUGAAAUGACUGAGGACAUUGUUGAAAGUUCCGAUAAGACUGAUGAUGGCACAGACGAAGUUGCAGAAACAGAUCAGGCCCCUGGAGAUUCUAGUACUGCUGGUCUGGAAGCAACAACUAGCAAUGCUGUUGAAACUGAACAAGGUGGUUCCACUGUCACCAGCGCCGUGGAAGGAAAACAGACAUCACCUGUUACUUCCAGCAGCUCGACAACCAUCAAUUGGCAGGAGAGAGCUAGGUUAAGGGCAUCUAUUAGACAGGCUGGUAUGCUUGCUCCUUCGCCUGGUAGAGCUCGUGGAAGAGCAACUAGGGCUCGCGGUACACGAGGUGGUCGUGCUGGUCGUGGACAAGCACCCGGUUAAGUGGGCCUGGAUCUAUAAGUUGAUAAAAGAGGAUGCAUCAUCUUGGUUUUUAGGUGCUUUUAGAAAUUGCAAGGAGAAGCUGACGUUUUAUGGCGCACAGAUACAUCAUAGAAAAUUGAAUCAAGUAUAACUUGUACUGUCAAGAAUGAUAAAUGGCAAUGUUGGAAUGACAUCGUUUGCUAUCAAUUUUUAUUAUCUAUACUUCAAUUGUGUAACGUUUUAACCUAUAUUUCCUUUUGUAAAUUCUGAAGCAUGAGACUCAAUUUCUUUUCA